AUGCGUUUUCGUUAUCCUCACGCUGUAACCUUCCCUUCAAAACUCUCCACUAUGAACGCUCAAGCCCUCUCCAAUUCAACUCCAUUCCCAAACCUCAUAAAACCCCUCUUUCACACGCACCACUUUUUUCAACCUAAAAGACCUUUUUUCACCGUUUUUUGUUCUAAGGCCACUUCCAAAUACCCUCCGUCGCCGCUUAAAAUCAAUGGCUACCAUUCUACCUCCAUUGUUAAGGCUACUAGACCAGUUUGUUUGGAUGAGAGUGUGUUGGAUGCGAAUAUUGAUGCUUUGAAGAGGAAGUUGGAGGUUAUUGGAAUGGAUGCUGAAAUUUGUGUUCCUGGCCAUCAAUAUAAUCACUUGCUUUGUCCUGAGUGCCAAGGCGGUGAAACGGGAGAAAGGACCUUCGCCGUUAUCAUUGCACCGGAUGGGGGGUCCGCUGCAUGGAAGUGUUUUCGCGCAAAGUGUGGUUGGAAAGGCAGCACUCAGGCCUUUGCUGGUAGAAAUCCAUAUUCUACGGCAAUGACUCAAUUUAUCCCAGCUAAGAAAAAAAGAGAAAUUAAGGAGGACGACUUGCAGCUAGAACCACUUUGUACAGAGCUGGUCGGAUAUUUUUCAGAGCGCUUGAUUUCAAAUAAGACUCUGAAGAGGAACGGUGUCAAGCAGAAAAAAUAUAAGGAUGAUCAGAUUGCUAUUGCAUUCCCCUAUCGUCGUAAUGGAGCGCUUAUUAGUUGCAAGUACCGAGAUAUCAACAAGAAAUUUUGGCAGGAAUCAGACACUGAAAAGAUCUUUUAUGGAUUGGAUGACAUAGUUGGGGAAAGUGAUGUUAUCAUUGUUGAAGGUGAAAUGGACAAGCUGGCAAUGGAAGAAGCUGGCUUCCGAAAUUGUGUUAGUGUUCCUGACGGCGCACCUCCAUCAGUCUCUUCAAAGGACUUGCCACCUGAGGAUAAGGACACGAAGUAUCAGUAUCUAUGGAACUGCAAAGAUGAAAUAAAGCAGGCAUCCCGGAUAAUCAUUGCCACUGAUGGGGAUCCACCUGGUCAAGCCUUGGCUGAGGAGCUUGCACGCCGCAUUGGGAAAGAAAAAUGCUGGCGUGUACGGUGGCCUAAAAAAGGGAAGCUUGAUGAUUGCAAAGAUGCUAAUGAGGUUCUCAUGUAUUUGGGCCCCGAUGCAUUGAAGGAAGCGAUUGAGAAGGCAGAAUUAUACCCUAUACGUGGAUUGUUUAACUUCAGAGAUUACUUUGAUGAGCUUGACGCAUAUUAUCAUCGAACUCUGGGAUAUGACAUUGGUCUCUCAACUGGCUGGAAUAAUCUGAAUGGUCUAUACAAUGUUGUACCAGGAGAACUGACCAUAGUAACUGGAAUUCCCAAUUCAGGGAAGAGUGAGUGGAUUGAUGCUCUUCUUUGCAAUCUUAAUCAAAUUGCUGGCUGGAAAUUUGCACUAUGUUCCAUGGAGAACAAGGUUAGAGAACAUGCUCGAAAGCUUUUGGAGAAACAUGUGAGGAAGCCUUUCUUUACUGACCGCUACGCGGAAGAUGUUGAGCGGAUGAGUUUGGAGGAAUAUGAACAAGGCAAGCUCUGGUUAAAUGAUACUUUUCAUCUUAUAAGGUGUGAGGAUGAUGCUCUUCCAAAUAUAAAAUGGGUUCUUGACCUUGCAAAAGCAGCGGUAUUAAGACAUGGGGUGCGUGGACUUGUAAUUGAUCCUUAUAACGAGCUUGAUCAUCAACGAUCUCCACACCAGACGGAAACUGAAUAUGUGAGCCAGAUGCUUACCUUAAUCAAACGUUUUGCCCAACAUCAUGGAUGUCAUGUUUGGUUUGUAGCACAUCCCAGACAGCUGCAAAAUUGGACUGGGAGUCCUCCUAAUCUUUAUGAUAUUAGUGGAAGUGCACACUUUAUAAAUAAGUGUGAUAAUGGAAUUGUCAUCCAUCGUAACCGUGAUCCCGAGGUUGGGCCUAUUGAUCAAGUGAAGGUGUGUGUUCGUAAGGUACGGAAUAAGGUUGCAGGGACAAUAGGUGAUGCCGAUUUGUUGUAUAACAGGGUAACUGGCGAAUACAUGGAAGUAGAAAAUGAUACUAAGAAAUAG